GUCUAUUCCACCCCACAGACUGCCAUUGUCAUCUCCUUUCAUUUCAUAAAUUUGUUAAUUCUGACAAUAUAACGCCUGCGGAUUAAAUAAAACAGAAGAAGAGAAUGUUCAGUGCAGCAGCGCGGCGCGUUAGCGCCUCUGCGCCCAAAGCCUUAAGAUACAAUCAAUCCUUAAAUCGAUCAAUAUCAAGCGGUACUCGACCAGCAAUCCAUUCUAGAUUCGGCAGAACCAAUCCCCAACAAUCAUCAUUCCCGCUUUUGACAAGAUAUGCUCGAUCUCAAACCCGCAAUAUCUCCUUUUCUCAGCGAAUGAAGCUUGGCUUCCGAGAAGCUUCGAAGGGAAUAUGGCGCAAGAACCCUAUCCUCCUACCGCUCGCCAUCAUAUCUACCAUCGGAGCAGCUUUGAUAUUUACCUACAUUGCCUUUGUCGAAGUCGUCUACGUCGGCCCUCAGUACCAGAAAUUCCCACCCCCGGUCGCCGACGCGCUCCGAACAGCUGUUUACUAUACGGAUAUCGAUCUCAACCCGCACAAGGCACUCAAGGCAUAUAAGGAUGCGCUGAAAAUUGCUAACGAGAUGGGGAUGCAUCCGUUCUCGGAUGAGGUGCUGGGCAUUAAAAUCGCAGUGUCAAAGAUGUUGGAGGACGCUGGACUGAUGAAGCCUGCAAUCGAAGUGCUCGAGCGUACCAAGAAGGAGACACAGAAGUGGAUCGAAGACGGAAGGAAAAAGAAUGAAACCGUUAAGGAGGAAGCUCAAGAUAAGAAAGCCGAGACCGAGCCAAAGAGCACUAUUCAAAUCAACGACCCAGAGAUCUUGGCGACGGAGGAAAGGCUCAGACAGCUGGAAGAGUAUGAAAAUCUUCAGCGGGACAAGGCUUUGAAGAAGGUUGUGGGCAUGCAAAUGCACCUGGCGGAACUGUAUUCAAGCGAUUACAUCCAGGAUGAGAAGAAGGCCGAAGAGUCCCUGGUCGCCGCGGUUGAACUGAGUUUGAAGGAACUACGCCGUCGUGAAAGCCUGGGACUCCCCAUUGGUGGUGGAUUGGAGACAGAGGACCAGAGCACAUGGUUGAACCGAACUGAGAUCGCAGCCGCUUUGCAAGACCUUGGCUUCACCUACGUGAAACAGGAGAAGUACGAGCUUGCCAUUCCACUCUGCAUGCGUUCGUUGGAGCUGGUUCGCAUUGAAGAAGGCAACUCACCAUCCUGCAAGCAAGUCAUACUUCUCAACGGCAUUGCCACAGCGAUGGGUGCACAGGUGACGAAUAAAUGGCGCCCGCAGCCUGGAAUCACGAAAGAUCAAGCGAUUGAGGCCGCCAAGCAGUGGUGCAAGAAAACCAUCGAGGUUGACUCUAAGAUCGACAAGUCAAUCAAGGAUGGAUUUUGUGAUUUGGGCUGUGCCGCGGCCAAAUAUAAUCUUGGUGAACUUUUCGAAGCCCAGAAUAAGUUGGGCGAGGCCCGGAAGUACUUCGAUGAGUCGAAGCGUAUGUUUGAAAAGUUCCAGGACGGGGAGGGCGAGGAGGGCUUGAUGGUUUCAAAGGAUGGAUUGAAGAGGAUAACCAAGAAAGAAAAAGAGCAAAAGGAACACAAAGCGCAAUAGGGUAAAGAAGACACUUGUAUAGUACGGUGUUUAUUAUAGAGGAAAGGAUAUAUCGAUCUAGCAUCUCCUAAAAUGAUAAAAAUUUUGUAUCAUAAAAGAAUUUUUCUUCCGUCGUUACGAGUUACAAGGAUACAAUGCAAAGCAAUUGAAAUCAAGAUGUACUUUGGAGUAUCAAAGAGAAUACAAGAAGAGACUGACUGAUAAUGAUAUCAAGGGCAUCUGGGGACAAGGGGAGGGGUGUGGAGGGGUAAGGCACGCGAAAAACGCUUUUUAAGAAAUAGGAAAUUUUUUUUAUGAUGCCUUUCUUAAAUGGUAUUAGAACAUCGCAUGCCAUCCUUCACAAGAUUCCAGACAUUCGGAGUUAUGACGAAUCGAGUAAGCUAGACAUGUCAGAAAAACCCUGGGGCCGGAGACUCGAAAAUGGGACUCGGCCCAGAAGUGCUUCAUUGCUCAUGGCUCAUACAUCCCAACCAAUGCCUGCCCUUUUUUUU